AAUGGCAAAACGUCUUUGUCUAAACAAGAAGAUAUGAAUCCCCCACGGCGUCCAGAAAAUGGACGAGCCAAAAUAAAAUGGCAGCGCCUGCCGCCCAUUUUGCCAGACAGGGAACAAUUAGCUGGAAAUGGAUAUUUACCCAAGAGAAUUAACGACCAUUGAAACUGUUAAACAAGUUGAAACAUUAUCAAGGACGAGAUAUAUAACGCGGGAAAGCGCGUGGAGAAUGACUAGGAAAUGACGUGGGAGUGAGUAAGCGAAAUCAUGCAGGAUAUUUUUAGGGUGUUUUGCUGACAGAUAGAAAGAUUUGAUCGGAACAGAUGGGAUUAAGACAGUAAUAGUUUGUUUGUUUGUUUGUUUUUUUUUUAAAGCUUCUAUUUCCUCGGCGGUCUUUCUUGUCUAUCAAUUUCUUUGUUUUCUUUCUCUAACCUGUUCUGACACCCGAGCUGGUGGCGUUGGCGGUGGAGCUUGGCGUUGGCAGCUCUGGUUUUUUUUUUUUUUUUGUAUAUGCUUUUGGAGGAAUAGAAUCUGACGGUGGUUAUUGACGGUUAUUUUGGGGACUUUCGAGCGGGAAAGGGAGUGAUCAUCGCUAUUUCCAUUUGUUUUUUCCUCGUGCAUUUUUUCAUUGAACAAUUGCGUCAAGAAGACAAGCAAGAGGAAAAGAAAACGGAUUCUUUUUCUCCAAGAAAAAAAAAAAACAAAAACAAAAGAACCCUGAGUGUGGCUGUUACUAAAAUCCUCCAAAAGGGAAGUUUAGAAGCCAGUGGGAAAGAUGGAAAUGAGUGCCAACCAACCUCCUCAAGACGCCAACAAUAUUUGUCCAGUGCCACCUCCAUUACCUGGUCCCGCAACAAAUUGUGGGCGAAAGGCGUUAUUUAUGAUGAAUGGAUCACAAACAAGAGGAUACAGCUGUGUCUCUACAGCCACGAGGGAUUCGUGGGAUAGCCUCUUUGAUGGAGGCUAUAGGGCUGAUGUUGCCAUUAAAACUGAUAAUGGUGGCAUCGUCUAUGCCCAUGCUAAUGUUCUUGGCACGGCUUCUCCUGUCUUAAAAGGCAUGUUGAAACAAGCAAAGGGCUUUGGUAAGAAGAGAUCAAUUACAAUCCAUGGUGUUCCACAAGAUGUAGUUCGAGUUUUCAUCCGAUUCUUGUACUCUUCCUGUUAUGAGAAAGAGGAAAUGAAGGAAUAUGUCCUGCUAUUGUUGGUCCUCUCACACGCAUAUGUUGUUCCUCAGUUGAAGCAAAUUUGUGAACAGCACCUAGAGCAUGGCUUGCUUACUAUAGAAAAUGUAAUUGAUGUUUUCCAGCUUGCUUUACUGUGUGAUGCACCUCGGCUUUCUCUGAUUAGUCACAGUAUGAUCCUAAGCAACUUCAAGGCUGUUUCUGCUACUGAAGGAUGGAAAGCAAUGAAGAAGAGUCAUCCAGCACUUGAAAAAGAACUUCUGGAAUCCGUGAUUGAUGAAGAAAAUAUGCGAAAAAAUAAAAUCAGAAAAUCAAAUGAGAGGAAGAUCUAUCUUCAAUUGUAUGAAGCAAUGGAGGCCCUUGUUCAUAUUUGCAGAGAUGGUUGCCGGACAAUUGGUCCACAUGACAAGGAUUUCAAAGAGGACCAGGCACCUUGCAAUUAUGCAGCCUGUAAAGGACUAGAAUUGCUUAUUCGUCACUUUGCUGGUUGCAAGUUGAGAGUUCCUGGCGGCUGUGUUCAUUGCAAAAGAAUGUGGCAGCUACUGGAGUUACACUCCCGUCUCUGCGCUGAUUCAAGAAUUUCACGGAGAAGAUCAGGAAACAAAGCAAGAAGGAUGAGAUCAAGUGGAAAAUGCUAGUGAAAAAGAUAUUGAGAACAAAGAGAAUUGGAGGUGCGCCAUUCUUUGUGUCCUUAAAUUCCAUCUCUUCAUGACAAACAAAGCCUAGGUCUCCAACAUCCUGAUUCAUUUGUAAAUUAAUCUCAAACUUUGUGCCCCGUUGCGUAAAUUAUAAAGCAAAUGAAGAAUCACUCCCUUCCCAACACUUUGAGAAGUGAUAUCAGAUAUGCAUCGUGAUCAACAUAGUAGCCUUAUUAAAAGACACCCCAAAAAAUUAUUGACAGACAACUUCUCAACCGAUGAACCCUUUUUCCCUCACUUUCUAACCACAAAUAAAAGAUCCAAGAGGUGGGUAAUUGUCAAUUACUGAAAAAGUUGAGAUGGGUGAAAGGAUUCUUGAUGAGCCAAUUUGAAAGAUUUGAUUUGAAACAUAUUUGUCAGGUUGUUUGACAAAAUUUUUAAUGAUGUCACAUUCAUCACAUGUGAGGAUGUUUGGUGGAUCCAGGAUGGAGAAUCACACAUUAGAAGCAUAUGGCAAUCGCUUAAAUGAAUGAUCCCUUUCAAAGUAUUCAAAAGCAAUUAUUCUUGUGGGGAAAUGUAGGCCUAAACAAAUUGAUUGAUCCAAGAGCCUUCAUCUUCAAAAGUCACCGAAAUCUGAGCACACAAACUUUUGUAAUCCAGCCACCUUUUUCUUUUCUGUUUCUGCUUUUGGGGAGGGAGGGGGUGG